AUGAGGGUUGCAUCUACUUCUCUAUCCUCGAAGGAGGUAUAUGAGUAUGUUGUCCAUGUGCUAAAUCUUAAAGGGAAGAUACUGUGGAGAGCACAGUACAGUACAUAUGGGCUAAUAAAUACGGGGUGGGGUCCAGGUAGCAGACGUGGGGCCCCCACAAAACCCAACAACAUCCCAAAACGCCUGUUGGCAACUGGAAGUGGGCCUGAUGUUCGACUAGAGCAAUCCAUGACUACAAACCAGGCCUUCUCGUGGACGAACUCGGAGAUUAUGACUUCAGAACAAGGCUGGAAAAAGAAACAGGAGGAGGAGGAAGACAGAGGGCUUGCUGGCAAAUUUAAUACAGUGACCGAGGCUUAG